CAAUAGCAAUAGCAACAGCAAAUAACCAUAACAAUGACGAAAGCAAAAAGCAAAAGCAAGAAAACCUAGGUCCAACCAGAAAAAAAAAACAAGAGGAAAAGCAAAAGGAAAUCUUCAUUACGCCUCUUCCCAAUCAGACAUUGAUUCAUUUUCAUUUGGGAGAAAAAUCCAUUUGAAAUUCUAUGCGGAAUUAGGGAUGCAAUUCCCUUUCCCAAUUGCGUGGUGAUUUUUUUUCGCGGACCCCGAAACAGCAUUAUCGAUGGUGGGCACACAGACGACAGCAGCUCCCAACUCUCUUCCACUCCAAGCCCUCUCGUUUUCCCCCUCACCACUCUUCCCCAGUCAGUGCUCCAAAAAAUGUCUGAGAUCAUUAAAAGCGAAGAAGGAAUCCGUCCUCUAAACGAACCGAAAAGCCAAGAAAUCGAUGGUGCAGUCGACCAAGAAUCCCAGAAACUAGAGGAAGAUAACUAUAUUACAGCACCUCUGAAGAUCAUAGAACCCUUUGAGAACUUUGAAAAGGAGAGCGAUAAGGAAAAGGAAAAAGAGGAGGAGGACAAAGAGAAGGAUAGCCCUGUGAAGACCCCGACAAAAGCGGAGAAUUCGACGGAGAUUGACGUUACUAGCAGUGCCAAGACCAAGAAAUCGGUUAGCUUCAAUCCCAACGACGAGAAGAUUCAAAAGUUCAUCACCGGCGAACCCAUCGUCGACCAGAAGAAUCCCUUUCGCAAUGGUAACAUAGCCAAAUCUUCAGAGAAGAAGACACCACCACCGGUGCCUACGAAGAGAUCGACCCUCAGUGUUCGGAAAACAGUGACCCAGCAACUGAGGGAACGAGAACGGGAAAAGGAAAGGGAACGUGACAAGGAGCGGGAGCAGCAGAAGAACGAGUCCAAUACUCGCAAAAGUAAGAUCAGUAGAUCACAGUCGCAGACCACCGAUGACUAUGUGACCACCGAGGAGGUCCUGAAGCAGUCCAAGUAUGUGAAGACGUACAUCAAGAAUCCGGAUGCAUACUUUGUUUAUGAUCCCACGGUGCUGGCACGUCUCAAGUUGGAGGAACUAAGGGAGACAUCUGGAAUUGGUAAUGGUAAGUUGCCCAAGCGGAAACAAACGCCCAAGGAUUCGAGAACGGGUAAGCAGGCCCGUCAUCAAAAUCAGAAUCUAAAUCAGAACCAGAAAAAUCCAGAGCCACGAAAACCACAGCCCACUUUUAAGAAGUGCUCAAAGCCCAACUAUCCAGAACUAGCGAACUUGAAGAUUCGCACUGGUACCAAUUCCGAUCCCGAGAGCAGUGCCUUAUUCAAUCCCGCUGAGGUGACAAAAAAUGCGCGAAAAUUCGAUGAGCGGGUGAAGAAGCUACAGAUUACCUCGGAUGAUGACCUGGACGAUAUCGAUGGACCGUUGACCAAGAGCGAAUCGAGCGACGAGCUGGCGGGCAGUUCCUCAGUUCCACAGAGUCCACAAAUAAAGCCGGCUAUGAGUGGAGCUGAGGACUUGCCCUCACCCACGCCCACGCCGGGCACUUUCACCAACACUAUCAGCUCCGAUGAGUUUCAGGCCUAUUUGGAUCGCAAGGGACUGGCUUUGAUGCCCCGGCGGGAACUCUUCUCGCCCACACCCACAAUUGCCAGGACCUCCACUCCGAUGCAAUCGGCCGAGGAGCGACGUCAACAGGUGGCCGAAUCCUUGGCCGCUCUGCGCAAGAGCAACACCAAGAAGCUAUCGGUGCUGCAAAGGCUCUCAAACAGUCUCUUUCCAGCUCGCCGAAAAACCACUCCAAAGUCGGAAAGUCCCAUACCUCGGGUAUUGUUCCAUGACCAGGACAAGGAGGAUUAUCGCCGCAAAGCUGAUGUCCCUGCCGAGAUACGUCGUAUACUACUGGAGCGCCAGAGUCCUAAUUUUCGUCGCCAAAAUGGUCAGGUUCCAUCUCCAAAUGUUGAUCCUUCAACUGAAAAAGUCACCAGAAGCGGUGAAAUCACUUUGCAGAGGAGAAACGGUGACUCUACGUUGCAAAGGAGAAAUGGUGACUCUACUUUGCAGAGGAGAAGCGGUGACAACACUUUGCAGAGGGUAAACGGUCGCUCUGAUUUCCAAAACAGAAACGGUGACUCCAAUUUGCAAAACAGAAACGCUGACUCCACUUUGCAGAGGAUGAACGGUGACUCCAAUUUCCAAAACCGAAAUGGUGACCCCAAUUUCCAAAACAGAAACGGUGACUCUACUUUGCAGAGGAUAAAUGGUGACUCUGGUUUCCAAAACCGAAACAGUGACUCCACUUAUCAAAGUAGAAAUGGUGACACGUCUUAUCAAAGCCGAAACAGUGACGCCACUUUUCAAAACAGCAACAGUGAUCCCAAUUUCCAGAGCCGAAACGGUGACACCACUUUGCGAAGAUCAACACUCGAACGACCGGGCGUCAAUCCCAGGCGACAAUGGCCCGAGGCCCAGCAGGUGGGUCGGAUUAACCGCUCCACCUCGGUGGAUCGCAGUCAAUUCAGCCACGACCAGCCCAUCCUGGCGAGUCCUGUUGCCUCCUCGACCCCUGUGCGUGGCCAGAACCAGUGGGACCAGUUGCGGGCCAUUAAGGAGGUGACAGAUCGCCAGCUCUAUCACAAGCUACAUCAACAGCAGCAACUGCAGGUUGUCCCUCAGCCGCAGCAAAAUAUGACAGCUCAACGACCGAAUGAGGAUAUCUACUCCCAGGUGGUGUUGCAACCCGAUCAACAGCAGAACUUCAUUCGCAAUUCGGUGCAGCGUAAUACCUUCUCGGGAAUCAGUGGUCGCAAUCGCCCCCUAACGGUCUUCAAUGGCACUCCUCAGAGGCAAGUGCAAAUGCCCAUGCCCAUGCAGAUGCUACAGCAACCUCCUCGAAGUCAGAGCGUUCUGGACAACAUGGUGCCAAGUACUGGAAAUCCUGGUCAACAGACACCGGUGGUAAUGCGACAUAGGGGUCAGGAUCAUGGGCAGUCCCGACGCAUCGGUGGACUCCUUACCAGGGAGGAGAUUCUGGAGAAGGUGAAGGAGUUCUGUCGCAAGAGCGUUACCAGAGCCCCAGAAGCCAAGACGCCAAUGCAACCCGUCUACAAGCGACAUCUCACACCACCCAAUGCAGAUGUCUCACCCGUUUCGUAUGCCUCCGUGGAUGAUCAGUGUGCUCGACCGCAGGUGCCUCAGCGGGUCCAGAGUUUACCCAUCGCCCAGGGACGCUAUGUAUCUAGUGGUGGAAUGGCCGUCGAUGGAGCCUCGCCCAUCUACGCCCAUGUUAGCAAGCGGAACAGCCUGCUCUCCAAUGUCUCCGAACAGUAUUUGUCAAGCCAGCAACUCGGAACGCUGGCCAGGCCGGUGCCCCUGAACCAAUUGGUUCUGGUGGAUACGGGCGAGGGUGUUCAGGUGGCCCAGUUAGUGGAUUACCUGCCCUACGUACGUCCAGCACCUACCCAGACCCAUGGCCCGUAUGCCAUGAUGCAGGAUGGCAGGGCAACACCACUGAUCCUGGACCAAUCGGCCCAGCAGACCAGCCAGAUCUACUGGACGCCACAGCAUCGGCAGCGGAUCUCCCAUCCGGUGCCAGCACCCCGCCUUAUAAAGGGACCAAUUGCAGGGCCGACGUCCAGGAACAGUACUUUGAGCCGACAUCUAGAGGCUAGGAUGGGAAAUGCCUCCGACUGGGAGCUCAGUUCGGAGGCCGGUGAGGUGAGGAGGAUAAUGGAGAAACAACUAUAAG